AUGGCAAUCUUGAUUUGCUCUUAAUACAGGAGCAAUAAUGCAAGGUUAAUUAAAACAAUUAUUUUACUAACUAUGAUACAUAAUAUAACAAAUAAAAAAGUAGUAUAUUCUAAAUUAUCAGGUGCCUUCACAUUUGCAGAUAAUGGUAAUAUUAUUAGUAAUAUAUAGAUUGGUUUUAGUUUAAUACUUAUUCUGCCCUAUUUACUGUUAUUACUUGUGGUACCUCAAAUAUUUUAUCUGUCAAUAAUUAUUCAAAAAUUGAUAAUUCUAUGUUUACCAGGAUAUUUAAACUUGAACCUCAUUAUUAAAUAACCUUUUCUUUUAAAUUUUGGAGGUAUAUUAAUUGAUUAAUUUAGAAUUGAUACUUGGGACAAUAAACUCUUUGAAGUAUUUGCUGAUUUAGAAAAUUAAUAUUCAAGAUCAUUUUCUGACUCUGAUACUACAACAAACAUUUGUCAAGUUUCAUCAAUAAGUGAUUCAGUUAUAGAUGUUUCUAUAAUUAUUCAACAUUCCAAUCCAACUUUAUAAAUUAUUUUAAAAGGUUAAGGAUCUUUUUGGGGAAUCUCUGACUUUGAAUUAGCUAUUGAUGAAUGUGCACCAGGAUGUGAUUCAUGUAAUUAGAGUCAAUGCUUCAAUUAAAAAUUAGUACCAAUAUCUAUAUAAUGGAUCACAAUGGAUAUGUUUUCUACAUAAAUAGGAUGUUUAGGUAUAUUAGAUUAAUAAUUAGAUUAUCGAUAUGAUUGGACAUACUGA